UCAUUCAAACUGCAGAUUGGUCCCAUCAGUAAUGUCGGCCCCAUUUUGGGGUCACCCUCAUUCAGCGUUCACCAUUGUUGACAUUUCAAGAUUUCUCUUGAAAAUGGUUGGGCUGACCUAUCAUUACCUCUCCUGGGCUCGUCGUUCCCAUCCUCUCUGGCCAGGAUUAUCCAUCCUAAUUCGAUACUAGUGUCCCAUCGCCCGUGCCACCCCCCAUCCGACCCGCCUACUUGCCCUAUCCCACGGUCAGAGCCCGUUCAAUCCCCAUCCGCAUCGGACUCUCUGAAUCUCUCGUGAUCGAGUGCGGGCUGCCUCCCCAUCAUCAUGUGCGGCUAAUCGCGGUUCAUGCCCGAACGACGACGGUCAUGUCCCGUUGGGGCUCAUCCGCCGCCCAUCCAAUCAUCGCUAUCCGUCCUGGGCCCAUCGCCUCGCCGCCACCCUCCUCCGCCUCCUCCGCAUCUUUCUCCUCAUCUUCAUCUGAUUCGGGCGCCGGCCUGGCCGCGCCCGCCCACGCCCUGAUUCCCGGCCACCCGCCCUCGACUCGACUCGGCCAGGCAGGGCCGCCACUCAGCCGCGUCAAUUUCUGCGCCAUCCAGAUCGAGCUCGACAGUCCAGCGCCGGAAUUGAGCCCCGACAUCUCGUACAAUCGGGGCAAAUCGCUGGAGGACGUUUUUGACACGCUCACGCUCCGCCCGCCUCACGAUCCGGAAGUGGGAUUGGCCCGCGCUCGCCGAGCCCGUGGGCGUCGGAGUCACUCGACCUUGACCAUCACCACGUUUCGCAACUGGGAUUCCACCAUGAGCGUCAGCCGUGAGGCGUCCACUUCGAAAGAGAGCUCUCCGCCGGAUGACGGGCCCGACGCCUCGUUGUGUCUGGGUGCGUCUGUGGCCUCGGCCGUAGCUUCAAGUGUGUCGCGAGCCGCCUCGGUCGUAAGUUCGGCCGAAACCGGCGAGGACGUGCUCAAGUUCGUCUCGGGCAAUCCAUUUGUCGAGGUCACCAAAGGCGUGAUUCAUUUGUACAAGGAGAAUCAGGCCACGUCGCUGGAAGAUGGCGUCAUUCGCAGUCCCAUGUUGUGCAUUUUAGGCGUUCCGUCCAAGAUCAAGACGCUGGACUUGCUGCAGUUCACGGCGCCGUCUCGGGAGGAUUUGGAAAUGAUGCGGAUCAUCCAGGAUGGCAGCCCCAAUCAGUAUAUGGUGUUGUUACGGUUCAAGUGUCAAGAACCGGCCGACGAGUUCUUUCAGGCCUUCAACGGGGCCCGCUUCAACUCAAUUGAGGAAGAUGUGUGCUCGUUGGUGUACGUGAGCAAGGUCGAGACUUGCCGCGAAUCCGAGUAUUACCCGUUGGCUGGACAUACGGAAUUGCCGCUCUGCAGUAUUUGCCUGGAAAAAAUGGACGAGUCCAUCUCCACGGUAUUGACCAUCCUAUGUAACCACACGUUCCAUGGGUCUUGUUUGGCCCAAUGGAGUGAUUCCACUUGUCCCGUGUGUCGCUACAUUCAGACCCCGAAUCGGGUGGAGGAGGAGAUCUGCUCCGAGUGCCAAAGCUCUGACGAUUUGUGGAUGUGUCUCGUGUGCGGUUACGUGGGAUGCGGCAGGUAUGUGGGCGGGCAUUCGCACGCUCACUUUAAAGACACGGGUCACAAUUACACCCUGGAACUGGGUCAGAAUCGCGUGUGGGACUACGUAGGUGAUAAUUUCGUCCAUCGAUUGGUUCAAACGGACGGUUGUGAUGGCAAGUUUGUGGAGGCCCAAGAGGGGCCUCAUGCCCACGAGGGUAAACAAAGUAGUGGGAAAACCGUGGAUGGCGUGUCCGUCAAUUCCGACGAGAAGAUGGACUCGAUCCAAUUGGAGUACACAUAUCUGUUGACCUCGCAAUUGGAGGCUCAACGUAGAUAUUACGAGGAGAAGAUCUCGCGGAUGGAAGAGAGCGCCUCGCAAGAAAUGGAAGAGGUGGUGAGUCGAGCUCGCAAGUCUGUGGAGGAGAGCAAGCAAAUGGAGGUUAAGUUGCUCGUGCUCUCAAAGGAGAAGGCCAAAAGCGACCAGAAGCUCGCCCAAAUGAACUCCAAGUUCCAGAAACUGCACCUUGAGCUCCAAGAAGAGAAGCAGAUGAACGAGAGCUUGCGACGAAAUCAGGGCGAAUACCAGAAACGCGUGGAUCGCUUUGAGAAUCAACUCUUGGAUGUGAAGACGGCCAAGGACGCGGAAGUCAAGGAGCUGCAAGAGCAAAUGCGUGAUCUCAUGUUCUAUAUGGAAGCUCAGCAGAAGAUUGCUCAGUCGCCGAUGCGAGACGAGAUUCAGAACGGAGACGUCUCCGUUGGGUCCAAUGAUGCGGCGGAGACGUUCACGGGAGCGGUUCGGAAAAGUCAAAAGAAACGGAAAGGCAAGUGAGAUCGCUGAUUAAAAAUCAUCACCACCACCUACCGGGCUAAUUAGUCAAAGCCGUUGACUGCUUUUCCAAUUCUUCCUCACACAAAUAUUACGCGAUUAAAACGUUUUAAGAAGGCAAUAACACUCUACAAAUAUCAUCGAUAUCAGUAAUGAAAACAGUGUCAUUGUGUGAAAGUAUAGUGGUUGGAUGUAUAUUCUCUUUGACUGGU